CCUCGCUUGCCCUUCGACCCCUCGCACAAAGAGAACGCCAAGCUCCACGCCCCAAGUCGCACGCACUCUUACCUUCUGGCGAUGCGACGCACGACCGCAUCGCAUGCGGCGGGUCACGCUGCAGUAGCUGCAUCCUCCUAGAUGCGUCCCCCCUUUCCCCUCACCCCCCUCUCGCCGGAAGAGGCAACAACAACAAAAAACGCGCUCAGUGGCAUCUCCCCCAACCUCGCCGUCUACGACGUGCAGACCGGCAAGGUCUUGGUGAAGGCCAGCAACGUGCACGAACAUUUCAUCAACAUCAGCCGCUUCUGCAACACCAACCCGCACGUGUUCGCCACGUCGUCAUUCGACCAUACCUGUAAGGUCUGGGACCUGCGGCGCCCCAUCCUGCACGACAAGCCCGUGAAGACGCUGGUGACAGGAGGCCAGAACGUGAUGUGCACGUUCUCCCCAGACGACAAGCACAUCCUGUGCAGCGGCGUGGACACGCGGCUGUCGCAGUUCGAGACGCAGUCGUGGCACCAGUGGCCGGAGCGCUUCCCGCUGCGCGAUCCGCUGCACCGCGAGAGAUACCGCCGCUCCACGUACACGGCCAGCGGGCAGCACUUUAUCACCGCCGCCACCGAGGAGUCCCACAUGCACCUGAUGUCCGUCAGCGGCAAGAAGUUGGGCGUGGUGGACUUCCGCGGGGUCAUCAAGGACCAGGCGCCUCUGCACCGUGCGCCGCGGUCGCCCGCCUCGGCGGCGCGGGGCGCGCUGGUGAAGGGCUCCGUGCAGCUCGACGACGCGGACCCAAACGGGGGGUCCAGCCGCAACAACCACGAGUUCGUGCAGUCUAUCCGAGCACACCCGGAGCUGAACAACCGCUUCGGGGUCCUCCUUACGCUGGCCACAGGCGAGCAGUCGUACGUCGCCAUGGUGGACGUGGACCGGCGGGCGCUCCUGAGCGAGUCUCUGUAGGAGCCUCCACCUCAUUCGCUUCCUCCUCCUAUUUAC